AUGGACAACAGGCUCGGCAGGCCCAACUCCCCGCCAGGCGGACGCGUACCAGUACCGCCCGAGUACAUGCUGCCAGCUUACGAUGAUGUCCACCACGAAUCGAGCACCACUGGCAUGGGCGCCGCGCAUGGCCACGGUUCUAAUGUCAGGCUGUUGACGGAUAUGGAGGACCCUAGUGAUUAUCAGGAAUCUGAUAGGCAUGAGAGGCCAGGCAGAAGACGACAGCCAUACGAACCCUCGAUUGAUUCACGGUCCUCUAUUCUCGAUCCGCCCCUCCGAAUGCACCCACCGACCGAGUCGUAUGUUUCGUAUGAUCAGAGUAGCAUGAACGAGAGCAAUUGGGGCCCUUCACGAGCAUCAUCCCCCGAGUAUUCCCCUCCACGCGGCCACCCACCACCACACAGCCACAGGUUCGAGCCCGCCGAUAUCAAUGGAGCCCCCCGCCCAGGAACCCCUUCCACCGUCUACGGAGGCUCUCCGCGCCGACCCCUUCCCCGUGCCCCAAUGUACAACAGUCCAACGAGGGGCAUGCAGUCGACGACCAGCUUUCACGAUGAUGCAACAGUCAACAUCCCACUUGCCAGCCAUCACGACGAUCCCUUUGGCCCCGAGUCAGACGUCACUGACAACAGACGGCACCAUCAUACCCACUCAUCCUACUCGGCAGAUCAAAUGACCCUGAACGAGGAUGAAUAUUACGAUGAAGAUGGUGACGUUCGUGAGAAGGCUGACCGCUACGUUCCAGCACCGGCAGAGGGGCGACAGGAGCGCCGUGGUGUCCGCGCCCCCCAAAUGAGCAAGAGAGAGGUGCAGCUUAUCAAUGGUGAACUCGUGUUGGAGUGCAAGAUCCCCACCAUCUUGUACUCAUUCCUCCCGCGCCGCGACGAAAUCGAGUUUACUCAUAUGCGUUACACGGCCGUGACCUGUGACCCAGACGACUUUGUUGAAAGGGGCUACAAGCUGCGUCAGAACAUUGGCCGGACCGCCCGCGAGACGGAAUUGUUUAUUUGCAUCACCAUGUACAACGAAGACGAGUAUGGCUUCACGCGCACGAUGCACGCUGUCAUGAAGAACAUCUCCCACUUUUGCAGCCGUAACAAGUCACGAACGUGGGGAGAGAACGGAUGGCAGAAAAUCGUCGUGUGCGUGGUGUCUGAUGGACGAGAAAAGAUUCACCCUCGCACACUCGACGCCUUGGCAGCCAUGGGCGUCUACCAGCACGGCAUCGCAAAAAAUUACGUCAACCAGAAGACGUGUCUCUCUCCAGACACGAUGGUCCGCACCACCAAUGGUGACAAGCCCAUCCGAGACAUCGCUGUAGGAGACCAGCUCUUCGACCACGAGGACCGACCCGUCCAGUGCCUAGCUGCUGAGGCUAUUCAGACCUCCCGCAUGAUGAAGGUUACCUACACCGGGUACAACAGCGUCAGCAAGUCGUCCUUCACCUGUACGCCGGACCAUAUCAUGACCCUGGUGGCUUAUGGUGUCAAGCCCUUCAGGCAUUCGAACAGCAACCGUGUUACGUGGUGGACUCGUUGCGAUCGAACCGAGCUUGGGGCCGAUGCGGUUGAGAUCAAGUGGGAUGCAGCCAUGCAUGAUCUGUAUACCGAGUACCGUGAGCAGCUGGGUCGCCGUCCAACUGAUGCUGAGGUCCGCAAGUACCUGAAGGCCAUCACGUCCACGAGAGUUGUCCCCGAUUCUGAAGAUGGUGACUCUCAGAGGGUUGAAGAGAUAUAUCAGAGUCCUGUUCUCAUCAAGCUGCUGGCCAAGCUCAAGGCUAUGGACGUGGACGUCGACGGUGAGGAUGAAUCGGUAGUAUUGAUGCUGCUACAGCAGCACAUGGAGGACUAUCUAGAGCACAUGAUACCUGAGCCAGAGGAUAUCCCUGACGAGGACAACGACGACUUGAUCAUCGAUCUUGAUGCCAACCGGAAGAGAAAGAUUGGCACUAUCAGCACGGUGUCUUCCCGCGUCUCGGACAAGACUUUCGGCCAGUCUCCUUCCAUCAAGUCGUCUCCUGUUAACAGCCAACAGCAGUCUCAAAACGAGGCCUCACAGUCGACCGUGUCGACGUACGCGUCUGUACUCACCGAGGACGACCACAGGGAGAUGUUCGCCCCUGUCCGGAACAAGCUCGCAGUGCGUGAUCCGAAGUGCAAGUGUCAGAAUCUGUCCUGCAAGGGCCUUCGGAGGGUGUCGACUGUCUUCGAAACCUCAGAGCAAGCCGACCUCGCUCUUGAGCUGCUAUCAGGAGAUCACUACCGUGUGGUUGACCCCUGCGCCGUCCAGGACAUGGAGGUGUUCACGAUGACGCUGGAGGAGUAUCAGGCAACCUGCACGGCUCCGAUGACGCAGCAUAAGAGCAAGCUAAGACUAUAUCGGUCACCCCUGAGGUUCCAGCCGUAUCAGGGUCCAGUGUCACCUGUCCCAAUCGACCCAUUUUGGUUUGGUUUCUGGCUUGGUAAUGGCACUAAGAACAACAGUGAGAUUACCAGUACGGAUCCGGAGGUCGAGGUCUACACGCAGGCACUCGUCGACCGCCUGAACCGUGAUAGUAUCUCUCCUGAAAAAGCGCCUCUCAAAGUAUCCAAGUACAGGAUUGAUAUCGGCACAAAACACGUCUACAAGGGAGAAGAAAUCAAGGCAACGAAGGUCGCUCAUCGUUUGCGUGUUAUGAGCACUGUAAGCAACCUUGACAAGACACACUGGAACCCUGUUCACGACGGCCUCAGAGAACUCGGCCUGCUGGGAGACAAGAGCGGUGGCAUCCCCGACUGCUACAUGAACGCGGACGAGAAUACGCGCCUGGCUGUUCUCGCAGGCCUCAUCGAAUCCGACGGAUGGCUUUCUCACGGUCUCAACUGUUACGGCUUUGGCCAGUACACCUACGAGCAUAAGAAGCUUGUUGAGGACGCCCGCAAGUUAGCCCUCUCCUGCGGGAUCCAGUGUAACCCUAUCUUCGAACGGAAGAAUGGUAAGGACCGCCCUGAGCCUGGCUGGUUCUUUUAUAUGGGUAGAGGGGUAGAGAAGUUCCAGCCUCACCUCCUCCUCCCUCGAAAGCGCAUGACGAUCCCGUUCACCACGUCUAAGAACAGGGACGUACGGCCCUUCGACGUCGAGGACGCCGGCGACGGCGAGUUCCGCCUCAUCGAGGUCUCUGGAGAGCUCUUCCAGCUUGCAGAUCGCACCGUGGUUCACAACUGCACCGCCCACGUGUACGAGUACACCACGCAGGUUUCUCUGGAUUCGGAUCUCAAGUUCAAGGGCGCCGAGAAGGGGAUAGUGCCCUGCCAAAUGAUCUUUUGCUUGAAGGAAAAGAACGCCAAGAAGUUAAACUCGCAUAGAUGGUUCUUCAACGCAUUUGGCAAGGCGCUAAACCCAAACGUGUGUAUCUUGCUGGAUGUCGGAACCAAGCCUGGGAGCAACUCGCUAUAUCACCUGUGGAAGGCAUUCGAUACCGACUCGAACGUUGCCGGCGCUUGCGGAGAGAUUAAAGCAAUGAAAGGUAAAUACGGAGUCAAUCUGUUGAAUCCGCUGGUUGCGUCGCAGAAUUUCGAAUACAAAAUGUCCAAUAUUCUGGACAAACCGUUGGAGUCGGUGUUUGGCUACAUCACCGUGUUGCCUGGCGCCCUGAGUGCAUACCGAUACCAUGCGCUCCAGAAUGACGAAACGGGGCACGGGCCACUGAGCCAGUACUUCAAGGGAGAGACGCUCCAUGGACAGCACGCCGACGUGUUUACCGCCAACAUGUACUUGGCCGAGGACAGAAUCUUGUGCUGGGAGCUGGUUGCCAAACGCGGCGAGAGAUGGGUGUUGAAGUACGUCAAAGGUUGCACGGGUGAGACAGAUGUGCCUGACACCGUCCCCGAGUUCGUCUCCCAGCGUCGUCGCUGGCUGAACGGAGCGUUCUUCGCCGCUGUGUAUUCCCUGGUGCAUUUCAAGCAGAUCUGGCUCACCGACCACACCAUUGCCCGCAAGGUGCUGCUGCACAUUGAGUUCUUGUAUCAGCUCCUGCAACUCCUCUUCACCUACUUCUCCCUCGCCAAUUUCUACCUCACCUUCUACUUCAUCGCCGGUGGUCUUGCCGAUCCCCACGUCACACCUUUCGACGCCGACGGCAAAGCUGCCCUCUACAUCUUCACCAUCCUCCGGUAUAUCUGUGUUCUAUUGAUCUCGACCCAGUUCAUCCUGUCUCUCGGCAACCGUCCCCAGGGCUCCCGCAAGAUGUACCUCGCGUCCAUGAUCAUCUACGCUGUCAUCAUGAUCUACACGUUGUUCGCCUCGAUUUGGAUUGUCGUCCACCAGCUCUCCCCUAAGAAGGAGGACAAGGACAAGCCCGAGCUCGAGAUGGGCAACAACGUCUUCACCAACAUGAUCGUCUCGACAGCCUCGACUAUUGGUCUCUACUUUGUCAUGUCCUUCAUGUACCUCGACCCCUGGCACAUGUUCACCUCCUUCGUCCCGUACCUGAUUCUCCUGCCCUCGUACAUUUGCACUUUGCAAAUCUACGCCUUUUGCAACACCCACGACGUCACCUGGGGAACAAAGGGCGACAACGUCAUGAAGACGGAUCUCGGUGGUGCCGUCGGCAAGGGGUCCGGUUCGACUGUCGAGUUGGAAAUGCCCUCUGAGCAGUUGGACAUCGACUCUGGAUACGACGAGGCCCUCCGCAACCUCAGAGAUAGAAUUGAAGUGCCCGAGAAGCCACCCUCGGACGCGCAACUGCAGGAGGAUUACUACAAGUCGGUCCGUACCUACAUGGUUGUUUCCUGGUUGGUGGCCAACGCCACGCUCGCCAUGGCAGUCAGUGAAAUCUAUGGCAGCAGUGGCAUUGGCGACAACUUUUACCUGCGCUUCAUUCUCUGGUCUGUCGCCGCGUUGGCGGCAUUCAGAGCCCUGGGGAGCACGACUUUUGCCAUCAUCAACUUGAUCAACAUGGUGGUGGAGGGCAGGGUCAAAGCAAAGUUCGCAGUGCCCAACUGGGCUAGGGGUUUGAUCGAGAAGAUGAGGGACGGAGCGAGAGAUAUCGGAGAGGGGGUUGCUAAUAGUGUUAGGAGGUGAUGGUUUCAUCAUUCGCCACCUUCCCCCCCUCUCUCUCUCUUUUGCACGCUUGCUUUUUGUCAUGUUUAGACAACAGAAGAAGGACGGGCAGGUGUUUUUGGCGUUUAUGUGAGGAGAGAAAAAAAGCAUGAGGGAAAGAUGAAAGAAAUGUGUGUAUGGAAACGAAUGAUCAAGUCAUGUAUGAUAGACAAAUUUUGACGACGAACUGGGCGGGAGGUAAUAAUUUUUUUGUCUUUGUUUGGCUUCUAGCUUUUCGUUAGGUACAUAAUACCCUUUUCUUAUGGUACUUUUGAUGUCCUUCUACAGCUUAAGGGGAAUAAAUGUGUGGAACUUUGCUGUGACUUGACAUGUCAUGAACGGGUCAGCUCAGAAGUCUCACCAGCCAUGUC